AAAAUUACUGCCAUUAAUUAAUUAAUAAAUUCAUAUAAUUAUAAGAUCCUAUUAAAACGUUAUUAGUCUCGAUUGACUUUAAAUAUGAUUUGUGAUAUUUUUCUUUUCACCGUAUUAGCUGUACUAUAUUUCAAAGGAAUUUUGUGUGCUGAUAAGGAAUGCCGUGAUUUGCAUGGACGAGCGAUCGAUCCUGGUCUACAUUAUGUACCUGGUCCCGAUACUUGCACAUUGUGCAUUUGUGAUAAUGGACUUCCAAAGUGGUGCAAAGCAGUUUUAUGUUCUCCGCCACAAGACUGCAAGUCUUUUAGAGUAGGAAAUUCAUGCUGCGAUUUCAUUUGUUUGGACGACACCCUGCCUAAAGCUGGUGAUCAAACUGAACACAAUGAGGUUGGCCUAUGACUAAUAGCCAGUGGGGUUACAGCAGC